UUGUUUGCAUCUGCAACAACGCCAGUCGUGGAAAAUAAUAGCGCUGAUGGUGUCCCACUGAUUCGGUACGAACUUCUACAAAGCCCCUUUUCUGAUUAUCAUGAUUGGCACGGGAGAAAGCUUACCCACGAGAGGCUUGUCGAGUUGGACGGCCAAAUUGCGCGAAACGGCACAGGCGGCAGCCUCGGCCGCUGCAAAUUUCCAAGGCCUCGACGGGAUGGCGGCCAAAGACGAUUACAUUCAUCACGAUCAUCUUAACGUCCCCGCCCAUCGACAACGGCAUCGCAUAGAUCCCCACAGUAUCGCCGUAAGGGGCGAAUCGCCAACAGUCGCAUCGGCGCCGACUCCGUUCCCGAAUGAUCAUCUUCGGAGCGACCAGCGAACGCCAACGGCAUACCUACAGAAACAGCAAAUGGAGACUUGCUCACAAGCUUCAGAAACGACAUCGCCACCCAGAAUAAAGCGCUUGACAGAAACAGCAGCGACCCUACCACAUCAUGUCUUAUCAAAGCAGACUUCGAACAUUCCUUUACUUUCCGUUGUCUCGGAUGCGAUUUCGGACGCGACCCCUCCGGGCGCCGUCGAACCGACAGCGAAGUUUUCGCCGCAUCACUUACACGAAUCACCCAGGCAUGAGCUCUACUACUACGAUGACAGUGACGAAGAAGACGGGAUCGCUGUAGAGAACGACCCGAUAUUUGACUCGUUAUUGCCACAAGAUUCCCGAUGCCGAACGCCAAAGGCACCUACUCAUACCGAUAAGAAAACGAACUCUCCCAAACAACACCGUUUCUUGCAAGAUCUAGAUCAGCGUCUUUCCCGCCCACUCGAUAUUGAACAAGGGGGAGAAGAAACGCUACAGGAGCAUAGCAGAGGUCAGGAGAACGCAUGGCGAAAUUUGCUACCUUGGCAUCGUUCGCAACCAAAACGGUUUGCACCAACCCGACCGGAACCACCGCUUACUCGUGCCAAAUUUCAGUCGCAAUCCACAAAAAAUGUUGAUGCGUUUACUACGGUCCAUUCGACGUCCAUGUUGGAUAAGAAUGACAUAGAGGUUUUGGGCAGAAUGAAAUUACAGACUAGCAGUAGUAGCAAUCCAGGGAGCCCUAUAAUUGGCAUCGUCCUCACAGUCUGCCGAGAUCAUCCCCGGGAAGCGUUCAUAGGAGGAACGCUGCUCUUGAGCGCCACCGUCUUUUUCUAUGCCCGUCAAUUUUCCGCCCAAGACAAUGUAACAUAA